AUGGUCGCGGGAUCGCCGCCUGCGGUUCUCAUGCCGGGAGCCAUUUGGCUCAGGGCCGGAACCAUGCGCGGUGGCCGUUGCGGUUUUGCGCAAGAUCUGCGCCAGUGGAGCCCGGAACGAGCUUCGACGGCGACGGAGCUGUCGGCCUCCCCGAAGAGUUCGGGCGCGUACACUAAGGUCCGGCUACCCGACACGACUUUUCGGUUCAAGCGGGGCGGGCGCGCAGCGCUGGGGGCGACGGUGGAAAAGCGGUCCCCGUUCCGAACCGCACCAGCGGGUGUACGGAAUACACCCAUGCCGCGUGACGGAGGUACAUCCAUAACCACUAGGAAGGUCCACGAGUUAUGCGUGAUUGGCUUCGCUCUUCUGGUCCCGAACGCUCAAAUCGUGAUCAAGGAGCGUCCUCGUGUAUGCACUUCCAGCAACCAGAAGUUGCGCUCUGGUGGCUCGACGAGGAACGAAUCGGUGGCUUGGCAGACGGGGUUUCGGAGCAGCACUCCAGGCCAUGGGGCCUCGGUGAACGCGCCUAUUGGGCGCGUGCUCGCUGGGAAUCAGUUGGCGCAUGGCCCGGACAUGGAUGCUGGCGAAUCAGAGGCGCUCCGGCCCCUUGACGUCCUCGAUGAAAACGAAGCGCCGGCCAAGCAAACAAACUGA